GUAAACAAUUCUCAUCGCUAAUGUUUACUUCUUUCUGGUAAAAUUCUUUACCGGGGUAACUGUACUGAAACAUAAUGUCUUACUUAGACCGAAGAAGACAUUAAUUAACCAUAUUUGUGUGAAGAAAAGUUUUAAAAAAAUUGUUUUUGAUUUGCAACUUCUUGGAUCAAAUUUAUAAGUCUGCGUAUUCAUAAUCUCGUACAUGUAAAGUGAAUUAGUAGAAAGCGUUUUAAAAAGGUUAUUUCCAUGCAGAUCUAUUUCAUAGAAUAUCUUCUUUAUACAGAAAAAAAAUUGAUGUGAAUGAUAAAAUAUCUUUUUGCUGACAGUUAAUAAGAUUCAUAUUGUGCGUGCAUAAAUAUUUUUUUUAAAAAUAUUGUGUUUUCUGUACGAUUUAUAUAAACAAUAAACUAUUCAUUCAGUGUGUGAAAAUUGUCCAUGAGCAAAGGAAAAAUUAUUAUUAAAGACAAUCUCAUUCAAUGUAGCAACAAUAACAGCGAAUAGUCUCUGUGCAAUGUGUGUCAUAGUUGCAAUGAUGUUCUAACAGAAAAUUAUUUUCUUACAUGGAAAUUUAAUGUUUGUGUUGAUGAGUUUCCAAUUGUAGUUUAUAAUUAUUCUUCGUUAUUAUAAAACAUUUCACUUCUAUUCUAACAAUUAUACUAAAAAAAGUAGUUAAAUUUCAUUGUUAUGUGUUCAUAAGAUGGAAAUAAUUUAUUUAAGCACUCAUUGUGAUAAAUUAAUCAAGGAAAAAAGAAUAAUUUAAGUAACACUUUAAACGAACUUUUCAUGCAGUGCAUUAUUAAACAGUUAUAAAUAGAUUAAAAUUUCAGAUCACUGAUUACAGUUUCAGAUAAUUAAGCUGUGUGUCACUUUCAUAAAACAUAUAUGAUUUAAUAUUUAUACACAAGAAAUUUAAAUUGUGAUUUUCAUGUUCAGACUAAGAAAAUAUUUUCUGUAUUCAGUUUGUGCAAUUUAAUACUCGUAAAUAGAAUUAAACUUUGUUGACUUUUUCGUAUUUAUGUUAAUAAAUAAGAGCUUGCUUUUCUUGUGUAUGAUAGAACAUUGAUAUAGGAAUUUGAAAUGAAAGUUUUUUAUAUUCAUCUUUAUAGAUAAUUUCAAACCUUUCAAGUCGGUCAAAGUGAAAAAAUUUUUUUUUUGCUUUUCUUGGUUUAUAAUGAACAAUAUUUCUGCAGUGUCUUUGUGUAUAAAAUGCUAAUGAAAUCAAAUUUGAUAAUUUCAUGUUCAUAAUAGUUAAUAUCAUAAAGUAAAAUAAUUUAAUUUAGUUUUGUAUCUUGGUAUGUUCAACAAAAGAGAAAUAUUAAAGUUGGUUGCGAAAAAAAAAUUAUUCAGUAAUUACUCAAUAUAAUUAAAAUUAAUGCUUUCAUAGAUGCACCUAUUUAUAAAUCAUAUUUCCUCUGUAUUAUAUUUUACUUAAUUAAAAAUAUAGUCAAAGUAAGUGACUUGAUAGAGCAUGCUCUUUUUCGUAUCACAUGUUAUUAAAGGCCUAAUUUAAUUCAGAAUAAGUAUCAUCCUGUGAGUAAACCUUAUUCUUGUUUUUGUAACAAGAUUUUUUCAGGAAAAGCCCGUCUAAACACUAUAAAAUUCAUACUGGUGAGAAGCCUUUUUCUUGUAGUAUAUGUGAUAAGAUAUUCUCAAUGAAUGAUUAGGAAUUAAUACAGUUGUGUUCAUACUAGGAGAAAACCUUAUUCUUGUACUAUAUGUAAUAAGGGUUUUUCACAAAAAAGUCAGAAAAAUGGCUAAACUCAAUCGUGCUCAUACUGUUGAGGAACUUUAUUCUUGUAGUAUAUGUAAUAAAAGUUUUUUACACAAAAGUCAUCUCACUACACACAGUCGUGUUCAUACUGGUAAGAGGCCUUUUUCUUGUAGUAUAUGUAAUAAGAGUUUUUCACAAAAAGGUAAUCUGGAAAGACAUAGUCGUGUUCAUACUGCUGAGAAGCCUUUUUCUUGUAGUAUAUGUAAUAAGAGUUUCUCAGAAAGAUGUAGUUUGACUGAACACAGUCAUAUUCAUACUGGUGAGAAACCUUUUUCUUGUAGUAUAUGUAAUAAGCGUUUUUCAGUAAAAAGUAGUUUGAGAACACACUGUCGUGUUCAUACGGGUGAGAAGCCUUAUUCUUGUAUUAUAUGUAAUAAGAGUUUUCAAAACAGAAUGAGUCUGAAUGAACACAGUCAUGUUCAUACUGGGGAGAAACCUUAUUCUUGUAGUAUAUGUCGUAAAAAGUUUUCAAUAAAAAGAAAUCUGACCCGUCACAGCCGUGUUCAUACAGGUGAGAAGCCUUAUUCUUGUAGUAUAUGUAAUAAGAAAUAUUCACUGAAAAGUAAGCUGACCAGCCACAGUCAUGUUCAUACUGAUGAGAAGCCUUAUUCUUGUAGUAUAUGUAAUAAGGGUUUUUCAGUAAAAAGUAAUAUGACUAUACACAGUCGUAUUCAUACUGGGGAGAAACCUUAUUCUUGCAAUAUAUGUAAAAAGAGUUUUUCACAAAAAAGUCAUCUGAAAGAACACAAUCAUGUUCAUAGUGGUGAUAAGCCUUAUUCUUGUAGUAUAUGUAAUAAGAGUUUUUCACAAAAAAGUAAUCUAAUACAACACAGCCUUGUUCAUACUGGUGAUAAGCCUUAUUCUUGUAGUAUAUGUAAUAAGAGUUUUUCACGAAAAGAUAAUCUAAUACAACACAGCCUUGUUCAUACUGGUGAGAAGCCUUAUUCUUGCAGUUUAUGUAAUAAAAGUUUUUCAUUAAAAAGUAGUCUGAAAAAACACUGUCAUGUUCAUACUGUUGACUAGCCUUAUUCUUGUAGUAUAUGUAAUAAGGGUUUUUCACGAAAAAGUCAUCUCACUAGACACGGUCGUGUUCAUACUCGGGAGAAGCCUUAUUCUUAGUUGGUUUAUGAAACAUGAUAUAAAGUAGUGUAGAUUGCUUCAUAAAAUCAAUUUUUUGUUCUUCUAAGUUUUUUUUAAUUCCAAAAACUAUUUAAUAAAUAAUUAAAUUUAAUAAGGAAAUAUGCAAAUGAUUUUAAUUUGUCAUUUUGAAAUAACUGCUCAGUUCAUUAAAAAAAAAUAUAUAUAUGUCAUGAGGUCUUUAUGUAUAAGUGUGUGAUAUUAAUUUGUAGUUCUUUUCUUAUAAUGGUUCAUCACAUUUUCAAUAUCUUGUUAUAAAUAUUUCUAUUUUUCUAUAAACGGUUAAAAUAAAAUGCACUUUAUUUAAUUUUAUACUUAUACUGUGUAGUAUAACAUAAUGGACAAAGAAAUUAAGUUUAAAAAAUUUGUCAAAGAUAUUUUUUAAAAAUUUUUAUUUUUAGUACAAUUUCCAUAUCUUGUACAAAUAUAUUUCUAUUUUUUGUUUAAAGACAAUUAAAAUAAAUUGCAUUUGCAAGUUUUUCAAUGAAAUAUGUAAAAGACAUUCUUUAAGAUUUAUUUCAUUUUAUUUUUUAAGCUAUUAUAAUGAUGUUCAUGUGAGGUGAUUUAUUGUUACAAGUAAGGCAAUCAUUUUUUGACAAUUAUGUUCCUAAUGUUUAAUAAUCUAUUUUUUGUUGUGUGUGUAAUAAAAUAUUUUUACAAAGUA